AUGAUGAUCAGUAUCUUGUGCUAUUAUUUAUUACUUACAUCAGGAGUCAAAGCUUCAGGUUUAGGGAUAUACAGAAAGAAAGAAUUGGGGCAUAUGGCAUGUGGACAUAUGAUUGGGAAGUAUGUUCAGCCCUAUGAAAGGUUUGAGCAUCAACACAUUGACUUCUGUGAUAUUGAAAACCAGCCAGCUUUAGGAUCUAUGAUUCUUUGUAUAAUAGAUUGCUUUGAUUAUAGCGAUUUAUUUUUGAAAGACUUUCAGCAGUCUUGUAGUAAAGAACAUUUGAACUUUUCUGAAAUAUAUAAUUCUUAUAGAAACGCUACUAAGUAUAGUGUCAAUUCCAGUUACUAUGAAAGUCAAGUAGAUACCUCGGAUCCUUACAUGAGAUACAAGUUCCCAGAUUUUGAAUUACCUUUCCCUUAUCCCAUUCAUCUCCCACCACAACAAGUUCAAGGGUAUUAUAAAGUGUUAUACAAAGAUUAUCAAACAUCCAAUUGGGAAAUUUAUUUCGGUGUUGCUUUAACAUCGUACUGGUUUUUGGUGAUGAUGGUAGCUGCAAUAUUCAAUUGGCUGUAUUAUUUGAUGCCUAAUUAUGUGAAGACUUGGUAUGGGGGUCCUACCAAUUGGAUUAGACGUAAUGUCACAUUAGCACCAUUAGCUAGAAAACAACAUAUAUUUUCAAACAAUAGAUUUAUUGGUUUUAUACCUACAAGAUUGGAGUCUUUGAUACUUUGCGGAUGGAUAUGCUUGAUUAUAGCCUUCUGUUUCCCUCAGAUAAACCAACCAAUUCAGGCAUCAAUUGUUGCGGCUGUAGGUAACAGGUUAGCUUAUUUGGCAUGUUUUACAUAUCCCUUAUUGAUUCUAUUCGCUGGUCGUAAUAACUUUAUGCAAACAGUGACUGGGUGGAGCUUUUCAAGAUUCCUUACCUUUCAUAGAUGGACUUCCAGAAUGGUUUUCCUCCUAAUUUUAUUGCAUGCCAUUUGUGAAACUACCUAUUUGAAAAACGUCAAUGCUUAUACGAAAUUUGGAAGGACAGAUCCUAUAAUUUAUGGAUACGUGGGGAUGACAGCCAUUUCAAUAAUUGUGUUUCAAUCAUUAUACUUCUUUAGAAGUAAAAGGUAUGAAAUAUUUCUCUUGAUUCACAUUACUAUGGUAGCCAUAGUAUUGGCUUCAGGAUGGAAACAUACGAAAUAUGUUGGAGGUGUUGAACUAUUUUAUUGUUCUGUUGCAGUUUGGGUUUUUGAUCGUAUAGUUAGAAUAUGUAGGAUCGUAUCCUUUGGCAUACAGCCAGCAAUUUUGCAAUUAGGAGCCAAUGAAACCUUAAAGGUUAUUGUGAAGAGACCUACUUAUUGGAAACCUUACCCCGGAUCUCAUGCUUUUAUUCAUUUCUUGAAACCUACUUUAUUCUGGCAGUCUCAUCCUUUCACGAUCAUAGACUCGAUUUCAGGAGAAAACACCAUAAGCUUCUACAUAAAAGUCAAAGGCGGAAUGAGCCAUGGACUAUAUCAAGAUAUAUGUAAACGUCCUGACAAUAAACUUCGAAUGAAUGUUUUAGUAGAAGGACCAUACUCUCAAACCAUUACCAUCCAUAAUUAUCACAAAGCAGUUUUCUUAGCUGGAGGUAAUGGAAUACCAGGUAUGUACUUUGAAGCAUGGAAUAUGGCUAAAAAAAUUCACCAAGAACAGAACGUUCCAUACCAAAGAAUAAAGUUCAUUUGGGUAAUUCGUCAUUUUAAAUCCAUUGACUGGUUUUAUGAAGAAUUGAAAAACUUUGAACAGUAUGAUUUCAUGAAGGUGAAGAUAUACAUAACCAGACCUGAAGAAGAGUCGAGCUACCAGGAAGACAACCACAGUGGGUUUUUUUUUAAUUCGUAUGAAAGUGAUGAAGAGCCAACAAACACACCAGUGGCCAAUGAGGAUGAGUUUGGGGAAGAAGAAGAGUGUAGUGACGUAGAAUAUGGUAAUGAAGAGGUAGAGGCUGAAACAGCUGCUACACAUUCAGGAAAAGAAGAACUAUCAGAAAAGAAAAUGUCAGUAUCUUCAUGUUAUUCCUUCUUAACAUAUUUACAACUCAAAUUACCCCAUAUCAAGUUCAAAUUGGGCAGGCCCGAUAUCGACAAGAUAGUCAGUCGAGAAGUUAACUCCACCAAGCAUUCAAUUGCCUUUGCUACGUGUGCCCAUCCGUGCAUGGUGGAUGAAGUCCGAAACUCUAUACGUCAUAGAUUAAGUACAAGUCAAAGAGUGGAAUUAUUCGAGCAAGUUCAAAGUUGGUAA